AUGCAUCCUAGUGGCCCGAUAGGAGACACUCAGAGCAAUGAUAAGCCACAGGAGAGUAAAUCCUUGAUCGAAACUGGUACAGAUCAAAUUAAAUCAAUUCUUGGUCCAUUAGGUGGUUUGUAUAGUAAAUUGCGAGGUUCGACCGAUGAGAAAAUGAUCACUGAAAAUGAUAAUGUGGAAGAGAAUGAAACGCGUGAAAAUCAGCCGCUCAUCGCUCCUCCCCUAAGUGUGCACAAGCCACAACCGACAUCGGAUAAUACUGAAACGACAGAUACGG